AUGUAAAGCCAAUCUGAUUGCAGAACCAGUCUAUUUUAGAAACUCAAAAAUGAAUUUCUAUAUCAUUUAGACAUUUUCGGGCAAUAACCUAGUUUUACUAUACUAAAUCGAAGCAAGUAUCCUUCUGCGCUAGGUCUUCUAACAUCAUUAAUGAUUUGUUCCUUAGGAUUUUAUUUUUUUCUCACAGAAGUUGUAACGAUGAUUUCUCAAACCAAACCAGCAAUUUAUCAAACAGAAAUAUCAAUUUCUGAUACCGAAGUAGAAAAAUAUAUUUUAAUUAGCCAUUUCUACUAUAUAAUGAUAACUUCACAUUGGCCAUAUCAAUAGUAAAUCGAUUUUCAGAGCCCAUAAUAGGAAUUGAUCGAUAUUUCAACCUUAAUAUUAGUUAAUGUGAGAGAUUAAGGGAGAUAAAUAAAGAUUCAGGAAAAAUAUCUGUGAAUUUAAAGUAAAAAUUACUGCAAUUAUAAGAUGCGUAUAAUUACCAAUAGAACCAUGUAAUAUGUCACAUUUUACAACUGAAAUGUAAUCGGAAUACUUUUCAAUUAUUAGAAUGGGAGGGAUCUAAUGCAUAAAUAGGAAAUAUCUAUAAGGGAAUCCGUUAGUAAAUAAAAUAGUUAACUUCUUAGAAAUUGUAGGGCUAAGUUACAUCCCGUGCAUUCAGAUACAUAUUUAUUUAGUUUUCUGCUUGUCAUAAUACAAGUUUGUCUUAGACUUGCGCAUCAUAAAAGGAAAUAGAAAAUAUCUUAGAAUCAGGACAUUAUAAUAUAUAUAAAAGUGAUUACCUGACCAAACUUGAUCGACCAGGAUAACCUUUUCAAGAAAUCAUAACCAAUGAAUUUACAAGCUUUUCUUUAAGCACUUCUAAGACUAUUUCUUAAAGAUAUAAAAUCGUUUAAACUUUUACAGAUGAAGGAUUAAUUUGGGAAUAAAUUUAGGAUUAAUAAAACAUUUAAUAAAGUGAAUGGAGAGAGAUAUCUGAAUUUUAUAAUAAUCAAUAUUUAAUCGUUCAUUAUAUUAUGCUAGAUUAUAAAUAAACAAACAACAUUAGAACUUAUGUUAAAUUACAAACAAUUUUAGGAAAACUAGGUGGAAUAUUUUAAAUUUUAAUUAUGAUUGUAGCCAUUAUUCUAAAGCCUAUUAUUGAAAACUUUAUGAAAUUAGAAAUGGUGAACGAUCUUUUUAAUUUCUCAGAAGCACUUCCAGAUACCAAACAUCAAAUAAACGUAACUAAUAAUCUGUAAUCAAAUCAAUAACUCACAAAAAGAAAUUAGAAUUAUAGAUUAAGCCAAUCUAAUUUGGAAGCGUGGUUGAUAAUCUUUGGAUGUAGAGCAUAGAAAAAACAAUAAUUUAUUUUUGCUAAAAACAAGGUUAAUAAGAAUUUAGAAAUAGUAAAUAUUUUAAGAAAAUUAUAAGAAAUAAAAGUCAUUAAGAAAACUUUGUUAAGUAAAGACUAAUAUUAAAUAUUGAAAAAUUAUCGAAGUCUAAUAGGUCAAAAGGGUUUGUUAUUUUCAAAAAAAAAUUUAUGCGAAAUAGAAUAGAAUAUCAUUCUUUAAAAUGAUUAAGUUAAUCUCAAUUUCAAUCCUGAAUAAGUUCCUUCUAUGAUGUCACAGAAGAGUAAUUUUCAAAAAGACUUUUUUAGUUCUUGCGAAUAAAUAUAAGAUAUUAAUUCCUUAAAUGAAUGUGAUAUGUAAGAGCCUGAACCACAAUAGCUAAAAAAUUGA